AUGGAAGCAAGAAAAGCGAAUGCAAGGGAGGACAGUAAGACGAAUACAGUAACCAGCUUGACAGCUGUCAAGCUCAAACAAAAAGAAUAUACGAAAAACGGUUGCAAGGAAGACACCAUGAACAAGCCAGCAAAACAAUUGACACCGCUUUUAAGCAAGCUAAGGCGAAGCUAUGAGAACCACGUCAAAUCGAAAGCUGACGGUUCUAAAGGAAGCCAUAAGGCGCAAGCGAAAGCGGGAUUAAGUAGUACAAAGUUUCAAAAUGAUCCUGUCAAGCAAAGGAGGAAAUCGUACAGUGGUCCAUCGUAUACAUGUAGAAAAAAGAACUUUCAAUUUGGCCGAAAAUUUUUAAGGAGCAAAUCUUGGGGAAGCCGAGAGCUGACGUCACAACCUCAAAGACAAGCCGAUGGCCAGAUUGUGGGGGACUUUCAGUGUAAUGAGAACGAACCAAAAAAUAUCUCUAAUGAGAACAAAGUUGACAAAAGCGUCAUGAGUGUGAGCCAACCGAACCGUGUAAGCCUGUAUAGCAUUCUUAGAUAUUUUGAGCUCAAAGCGUUGAAGCUUCAAAGAAGACCUGAACAGAAAUGGGGUAUCGAGCUGACGGAAGUCGACGAAGAGUCAUCAACGUGUCAAAAUUACACAGAAAUCAAGAAUAAAGCGAGGCCGUUACUUUCAUUCAAUUCUAUCACUGACCAAAGUGACGAAAUCUCUCCUCCAUCAAUUACCCAUACUGGUCUUUUAAUGACUGAAUUACGAGAGAGUUUCAGAAGAAGUGUGAAACAUAGAAAAUGUGGAAUAAAGGAACCCCUUUCAGUUGUUUCCACAGAAGAAAAUCAUCAGCCUCGGCAUGGAGUGCGCAUUACUGGAUUGACCGAGCACGGAGUGGCAGUCAGAGACGGAAUGCUUGCAGUUGACGAUUUGAUUGUGGAGGUCAGGAUUGUGAGUUACUCUUUUAAUUUUAGUGUCCAAAAGGAAAAAGUGACCUUUUUACAAAGAGGAUGAAUUUACAAUGAAAGAAAGAGGUGAAAGAAAGAAGUGAAUUUAACUGACGUGCAGGCGAUUCACAGACCGUCUCUCUUCCUGUUUUUUUAUUUUUCGGAGGGGAGGGGGGCGGGAGGGCUAGCCACAAGCGGGCUCGAGGGAAACUUGAUGUGGUACCCGGCUGCCUAUCUUGACUUUGUCUCUUAGUCCUUUCUCCAAUAAUUUCCCAUAAUUCUUAGAAACCCUCGCCAACCCCCCCUCCGCCCCACCCCUCCAAAACCACCACUAACACCAUUGGCGAGAUUGAACUGCUAAAAUAUCUAAAGAAAGCUAAUCUUACCGUUGUGACAACUUUAAUAGUUCUUUACCUAUAAUGUUUUUAAGGCAACAGUUGACUGUUAUUCUUCUGUUUGUUAGAUCAGUGGUGUUAUUGUUCUGGAUGUGUCAUUCGAAGAAGUUGUUACCAUGCUAGAAGAAUCCCUUACUCUGAAUUUGGUGGUGCUCAGAGGAAAGCAGAGAUAA